GAGUAGGAUUAACAGAGGUCCCGCUCCUGUUCUCCCUAGGAGGCAGCCCUUGCCUCUACCCUUCUGAGGCAGGAGAGGGCAUCUCGGCAGGUCUGAAAAGGAAGGGGAGGUAAGAACGAUAUCGUCACACUGGGAGGACCAGUACGGGCAUACCUGUAGCUCCUGGGGUCCCACUGGGUCUGAGGGCGACUUUUCACCUUUUUGGAGGAAAAGAUGUGUUGGAAGACGUUGCUGCUUCUGCUGUUGUAUUAUGAUGCUCAGGCCACUCUGUCGCACAGGUGGAGCAGGGCCGUGCUCUUCCCUGCCGCCCACCGGCCAAAGAGAUCCUCGUCGGUGCCCUUGAACCCCAUCCUGCAGAGCUCCCUGGAGGAAGUAGAGCUGCUCUAUGAGUUCCUGCUGGCUGAACUUGAGAUCAGCCCUGACCUGAAGAUCUCCAUCAAGGACGAGGAGCUCGCCUCCCUGCGGAAGGCCUCGGACUUCCGCGCCAUCUGCAAUGAUGUGAUCCCCAAGAGCAUCCCAGCCAUCCGGCGGCUGAGCGCCAGCCUCUCUAGCCACCCCGGCAUCCUCAAGAAAGAGGACUUCGAAAGGACAGCGCUGACCCUGGCCUACACAGCCUACCGCACAGCCUCGGCCCAAGGGCAUCAGAAGGCUAUCUGGGCCCAGUCCCUCCUUAGCCUCUUCCAUGCCUUGAGGCACGACUUGAUGCGGUCCCCAUGUCCCAGAGCAUCUCCCUGAGAGACCGGCUGGCACCAGGACCACGGAGCAGGGACCAGCACACAGUAAUCCAGAAAUUCUUCAUUCUCUACUCCGUUUACAGAGACCAGCCACAAAACACAUACCACCAACUCAGAGCAGCAAAGAUAAAAUAAGAAACACCGAUGCCCUUUGCCCCUUGUAACUUCUUGACAAGCAUGAGAUUGUGAUUCAUAUCAUAAUGUGACCUGGGCUGGAAAAAAGGGCUGGAAUGGUAAUUCAAGAUGCCUCCAGAGGCUGAAUGGUUUGCCUGGUGAAUUGCAGGAGUCUAAGAUAUGCUUUAACAUUGAGUGACUGUAACACAAACACCCAAGAGUGAGGACAGAGCCAGGAGAGACAUAACAGAAGUUUGGGCAUGGUGGGAAAGUGGGGGACAGAUUUCUUUGGUCCUAAGAGAUCAGGGUGCUGGAUUGAAUGAACAUCUUUCCAAAGUUCUGUAGUAAGAUAUAAAGAAACUAGAGCUAUAGCCAAAUAAAUACAUUGUUAACCAAGGAUAUACUUCUCAACUUUUCCAAAAGUCCCCAAAAAGAAUCAGUCAGAAAAUCAGUUAUGACCUAUAUAUCUAGACUCUUCUUUCCUGAAGGCUGGUCUAAUGUAGAGGAGAAACAUGAAGGGGGCCAACAGAAAUGCUACUGUCAUGCCUUGCCUUUUGAACAGAGAAACCAAGCUAAUGCAGAGAGGGUCAUCCUAACGAAAGAGGUGGCACCAGUGCCACGGCCUGCCUAUCCUAAUGCUAAAAUUAUUUAGCAUCAUCAGAGAAUUAAGUGCUCCAAAUAAAAAUGAUUUUCAGAUGACAGAAUUUUACCCUUUCAAAUACCAAAACUUUCAUUUUAGCAAUAUUGACUGGAUAUAUAUGAAAGCCAGUAAGCUUGAAUUUAGUAUCUUGGAAACAUUCUAAUGAAGGAGUUAGAUGAGAUCAUCUCUAAGAUUCCUCUACUUCUGAAAUUUUCACAAGCAUUUAACUAACUGUGAGAUGUUACAGGGAGGACCCCUGGACCUGAGAUGUCUCUGCUGGACUGUUUGUAUCAACCCUGAAAGGUCCCAGGCUUUCUUAACUCUGAAUCUGGUGUGAGUUUUUCCUGUUGCCUUCCUCACUGUCAGGCGAUAAAAGUAGCAAUUUUCUUUGCUACCAACAUAACUUGCCCUUUGCAAUUUGUUCUUUCUUACUGGGCAUCGCCUGAAAAAUAAGAUAGCAAGUCUUGUUAUAAUUCCACAUUAAAUAAGAGUUAAUAGAUGAAGGUCCCUGCUAGGAGUAAAGCACCUGGGUCCUAAUAAAGAUUCCUCACCAGCUCAGAGAUCUUUCCAGUUUCUCCGAGGUUUACAGCUGGGUUCUGGAGGCUAAAGCUGCAAGAAGUCCUAUCUUUGAAUAAACAAGGAUUCACUGGGCUAAAUUUUUUAUUCUGAAAUGGGUAUUUAACAAUUGCCACUGAAUGAAGAUGAAAGCUGGUCUGGACUUCUUUAGAAUCUUUGAAUAAGUGAGCCUUGCCUAGCAGCGCAAGCUGCAUGAUCUUUUGAAGUAAUACCAGGAUGCAGGAACAAGGUGUUUAUCAUCAGAGAAAAAUCCCACUUUGCAUCCCGAUGUUCUCAGGCUCAGAAGAUUAAUCAGUCUCUCUGGUUCUCAUUCCCUGGUUAUAUUGCUCUUUUACCUCCCUCAAAUACAGACUCUGAUAUAUGCUUUUUUGUUCAAUUUUUCUCUUUCUAAGAUUGCAUGUUCUCUGUGAUGUAGUCACUCCACUUGCCUCUUUCUUUUCAGUGUAGUUGGUGUCUCUGCUGUUCUGUCUUUGGGUCCUGUUCUGAUUAUCUUUAUAUCCAUUCCUCGAGGCAUCUCCCAGUUUCUUCUGCUGCCUCUACUUGCCCGUACUCUGUUGCUCACUGUCUCCUUUGGGGAUCACUGUUUGAUUAAAACAAAGUCAAGACAGAGGUACAGACAAGUUUGGAAUUGCCCAGAAAGCAGAUUAGCCUCACGGCCUACCUUCAGUAUUUGUGCUUUUCCUGGAUGUGGGCUGGAGAGGGGGGUCAGCAGGGCCUCAAUCCCUAGACACUGGGCAAUACUCUAACAGUCAGAGUCUUGCAUCCACCCUGGCGCUCCACCCCUAUCAGAACGGAUCUGAGAGCUUUCUUCUAGUCACCAGGAGGAAAGACCCACCCUUGUCGUCCCUGCCUACCAUGUUAGGAUAUACAUGGCUGCACCCAGGGGCAGGAGAUCCGUGAAUGGGAGGGUGGUUCCCAGGACCAGUGAUAGCAAUGGCAGUUCAUUCACCCUGCCACAAAAAAUUAAAGGCACUUUUGUACUGAUAAAUUGGGUCCAUACUUAUGUGGCAAGCAACUGAAAAAAAAAAAAAGAAUUAAGAAGGGCACAACCUUUUUAAAGACAAAUGAAAAUUUCAUUUUUAGUAACUAGAUACUUAAACACUAUUUUAGGCUGAAUACAAAUGAAUUGUUUACCCACAAAAAGCUUUAUAGCAAUGACUUCAUUUACAAGCAAAAUCAAAUAUUCUCCUCACCGCCACCCCAAAACCCGACUCUUUGCCCAGUGAGCAGUAAGGGAGUAGCCUGGGUAGCAACGGACUCUCCCAUUUUGCCUCAUUAAUGCCACACUGCACACACCACCAUCACAACCCAGUCACAUUUUGUCAUAUUUACUCAAAGAAUAAUUCAGAGUGUGACAUUAGUAGUGGAAGCUUGCCUGUGACUCAGUGGAACCCUUCUGCCAUUUCUAGACUGCUGGGAAAUUUUAGGAUCUAAAAAUUCUGCAAGUUUCCUCUAUAGCUGGCAUUCUCAUGGCUACCUCUGGUGUCACUCAAGAGACAUUGGAAAACAUCUAUAUGCUGAAACCUUCAUUGCUCUAUCAUCUCACCUUGAAUCUAACUAAAGGAGAAUCACAUAAGUGGUAAAUCACAUAAGUGGUAAAGGCCAGAGCACUGGCCUAAAAUUAAAUGCUUGUUAAAUGACUUUACACGGUGCCCCUGACUUUCCUAACUCAUUUUAAUAUCUUUCAGUUUUUUAUUGUGGUUAAAAAACACAUCAUAUGAAAUUUACCAUCCAAACCAUUUCUAAGUGUACGGUUCAGUAAUGUUAACUACAUGUACGUUGUUGUGUGACAGAACUCCAGAACUUUUUCAUCUUGCAAAAACGAUACCUAUGAAACCACAACUCCGCUUUUCCCUCUCCCCCCAGCCCCUGGCAACUACCAUUCGACUUUCUAAGUGUUUGACUACUUUUGAUACCUCAUAUAGGUGGAAUUUGUCUUACAUUUCUUAAGCAAUGUAUAAAAUUUCCUUAGGAAAAUGUUUUCUUUAUCUAAAAAGUGGAUAGAGUCCUGAAGGAGAACUACUGGUCUUACUAUGUCACUCACAUAAUUUUAUUUAACAAAUAUUCACUUAUGGUGUAAUAAAAAUGUCAUGAUCGAG